CGACGGUAUUGUGUGCAUCUGCCCGGGAGGACGGUCUCGACUGAGUCUGGUAGAAGGGAGCGGUAUCAAGACAGGGCUAUCUUCGUCCUCGUCUUCCUGCUCCUCCUCCUCCUCCUUCUCCUCCUCGUCCCACCCCUCGUCCUCGGCCCAUUCUAAUCCCAAACGAUGUGGUUCGGUGCUGGCCAUGUCCAGUAGACGAUCAGGCCUCCGACGUAGGUCAAAGGCCCCUAGGGGAUCUCCACCUCGCGUUCGGAGACGCGGGGCAGGAAUAUGGCCAGUAGUCGAAUGGUUGACUUCAUUGUUCCAGUCCGAUGAGGAUACAAGCUCCCAGCCAGAGGAAGUACUGGCCUCUGUGUCUGCCACAGUCGGCGAAGUGGAUAUACUUCUGGCUGUUCGCGACUCUGUAGCCAACCACUGGGUUAGUCGCUUGCUCAACCGCGAUAUCUUCUACCAACGCUCAUAGGGGAUGUCUUGUGGCGAUGAGUGUCUCUGAGUAGACGCUGAACUGCAUAUUUCGAUCCGAAG